AUGGAAGCAAAAAGUAUAAUUUCGGAAGAUUUGUUGGAAUCCUCUUCAUCGUCAGACGAGGAGGACAUGUAUCCAUUAUUAUUGGAACGAAAGUACUUGCCGCGAGUUAAAAAUUUUGUUGAAAAUGUUAUUUAUCAGUAUUCCCCAAAUGAUUUUAAAAAAAAUUUGCGACUUACCCGAGAAAGCGCACAAUACCUGAUAGAAAGAUAUUCUAACUGGUAUUUGGUAAGAACGUAUCAAGGAGGAAGAAAGCAAACAAGUGUAGAAACACAAAUUCUUUCAUUUUUGUGGUUUAGUGGCAACAAAACAACCUUUAGAGAGGUGGCAAAUGUGUUUGACAUAUCAUUAUCAAAUCUUCAUAAUUCUUUCCAACAAGUUUUAAAAUUUUUAUUGGAUGAAAUAGCUCCUGAAGCUAUAAAAUUUCCGCAAACUACAAUGGAAAAAGAAGUUAUUUCCAAUGAUUUUCAACAGAUAUCUGGUUUCCCAAAUGUUUUAGGGGGCAUAGAUGGAAGCUAUAUAUCUGUUAGAACUCCUAAACACAAAAUCCGUUCUACAUACGCAAAUAGACAUGAUAGAGUGUCAAUAACUCUGCAGGGCAUCUGUGAUUCGAAGCUGCGUUUUUUAGACGUAUAUACAGAAGUUCCAAGUAAAGAAUUACAAAAUUUAUGUGCACCAAAUUACCAUUUAUUGGGAGAUUCAGCUUAUCCACUAAGGGAAUACCUUUUAACACCAUUCCGUGAUUAUGGCAAUUUGAGUGACUCCGAAAAAAACUAUAAUUUGAAAUUUUGCCAGUCACGUGUCAAAAUUGAGAAUGCGUUUGGUGUUCUUAAAAGUCGCUUUCGACAAUUGAUGCGACUUGAUUUCCAUAAUGUGGAAACAAUGGCACAAUUUGUAAUUGCAACUUGCGUCCUCCAUAACAUUUGCAUCGAAAAAAAUCAUUUGUUCAAUAAAGAAUUAUCUAUCAAUGAAAUACAUAUAAAUUCCGAGCAUAACGACGAUGAUAGACGUGAUAGAUUGUUACGCAGAUGGGACAAACGAAAAGAAAUGAAAUUAAAGCCCUUUUGUAUAAUUCAACAAGAUAAAUAA